CUCUAUCCUCUUCUCCCCUAAAUAACCCCGCCGUACCGCUCUGCCAUGGCCGCCGCCACACUCCGCUCCGCCCUCCUCUCCUCCUGCGCCCUCCGCCGGCUCGCCUCCGCCUCCGCGCCGCGCGCCCCCCGCCUCGCCCAGCCCAAGGUGCAGGGGUUCGCCCGGGCUCGCCGGUCCUACCCGGCGGCGUUCGCCGCCUCCGCCAUGUCGACGUCGUCGGGGGCCAAGGAGGCGCCGGCCAACAACCCGGGCCUGCAGGCCGAGGUCGACCCCGCCACCAAGGGCUACUUCAUGCAGCAGACAUAUCAGCAAUCUUCGCAAUCGUGCAGACAAAAGCAAGCGGUUGCCUCCAAUUUACAAGGUUUCAAAAACUGUAUAUGCAUCCCCUAGCCGUGUAAAUUUCCGCCUUGAUCAAAGAAAGGCUGUAGAGACAGUACCUGCAUAUCCGAACAUUUAUUUCUCAGUUGAUGACUUCGAUGAUCCUUUUGAUGCUGUGGUUUUGUCAGACCCAGAACACUGCUAUUGUGUGAUUCUCAAUGCGCAUGAUGGGGCAGCAUUUCCUGAAGAAAGCGAAUCAAGCAAUGUCGGUUCAAAUAUACAAUCUGGGAUCAACUCUGGGAGCAGUGGAGAGAACCCACCAAAGGUUCACUCUCUUCCUAAAUGAAGGUUUCAUCGUGAUGACCGCAGCUCUCUUCUAUGUGAUGGUAGUUUAGAUGAUCGAUAUCGACUUGUAAUGUGAAGACAAACUCGCGGUCUCGAGACUUGUAAUAUAAUGUUCUAUCUUUGUUCGGUCUUUUCAAU